AUGCAAUCAUCGGGUGCCGUCGGGAAGCUCGGCAUCUCGUUUGCGUUUGGGCUGACGAUCUUUGCGAUCGUAUACUCGAGCGCGGGGAUCUCGGGCGGGCACAUCAACCCGGCCGUCACGUUCGCCGGCAGGAUCAGCGCCCUCAAGGGAUCCCUCUACAUCAUCGCUCAGAUGGUCGGCUCGAUCUGCGGUGCCGCUAUCGUGCACGCCGUAAACAAGACGCUCUUCAGUCAGACGAACGGCGGGGCCAACUUCGUGCAGCCAGGAUACGACAAAGGCGAUGCCCUGGGCGUGGAGAUCAUUGGCACCUUCGUCCUCAUUACCACCGUCUUCGCGGCGACCGACCCUGUGCGCUCCUGUCGCGAAGGGUCGCCCCACAUCAGCGCGCUGGCGCCCUUCGCGAUCGGCGUCGCGGUGUUCAUCGUCCAUUUGGCGAUCAUCCCGAUCGACGGCACCAGCAUUAACCCCGCGCGCAGCUUCGGGCCCGCGGUCAUAUACAACAAAGACUUUGUGUGGGACGACCAAUGGAUAUUUUGGGUGGGCCCAGGAAUCGGAGCCCUCGUUGCAGUGUUCGUGUACGAGUGGUUCAUUCGUGGGGCGGACUUCCGGUCCAUGCAGCGGAAGCAUCAGUAA